GAUAACGUAUAGUUCUUAAUUAAAUGUUAAAUAAUCUAUUAUAGAUGUACUCUUGAAGUCAAUGCUUAGACUCUAGUAUUUUAGAACUUCGUAACAUGAAAUUUCUUUUUAACACAUUACAUUUUUCACAUUAAAUGUAAUUUUUAUGUAUAAAUUAUAAUUGUAAUUUUCUAUAUUAAACGUUUGUUAUUAUUAUUAACUUGUAUAAUGAAAACUAUAUGUAAUUAAAGUUGGUGUUCUUUAGUUUAACAACUUAACCUAGAAUGGCUGGGAAAACACCAUCUGAAAAAAGACUUCACAAAGAACUUGUUUCACUUAUUAAAGAACCACCUCCAGGAAUGGUGGUAAAUGCUGAUCAAGCUGAACAAAACCUUAAUGUAUGGACAAUUAAUAUGCAAGGUGCUGAAGGAACCUUAUAUGAUGGUGAACAAUUUCAAUUACAGUUUAAAUUUGGUUCUAGCUACCCUUUUGAAUCUCCAGAGGUUACAUUUGUGGGUCAAAACAUUCCUGUUCAUCCACAUGUGUACAGUAAUGGACAUAUUUGUUUGUCUAUUCUUACUGAUGAUUGGUCACCUGCUCUGUCUGUUCAAUCCGUUUGCCUUUCAAUAAUAUCUAUGUUAAGUAGUUGCAAAGAAAAGAAAAGACCUCCUGAUAAUAGUUUUUACAUAAAAACUUGUAAUAAAAAUCCUAAAAAAACUAAAUGGUGGUAUCAUGAUGACCAAGUUUGAUACAAACUUACUUUCAAAUUUCAAUGUACCAAAAGUUUUAAUCUUGAAGAAAUUGUGAUCUUAAUUACAAUUAUUUUUAGCUAAAAUUAUUUGUAUCAGAACUAAGUGAUGUUUGAAUCUUCAUUUUAUUGUUUAAAUAUAUUUUUGCUGAUUUCUUUA